AUGGUCGCAGUUCAAUGUCUAAACCGCGGUCGUUUGUUCAUGCUUUUCCCACAGCCUUGCGCCGCCGCAAAUCUUUCGCCAGGACCCAGUAGGAAGAGACGCAAAGGCGCACACGAUCAAUCCGCAGAAUGGAUCUCCCGUGCCGAACACAACUCCAGAAACGUAUCGAUUUCCGUAACACCGUCGUUCCCAGCUUCGAAGUCGACAAACGGACCUAGUAGACGCCCUGAGAAGAACAUUGUUCGCAAAGUUUCGGGUAGCAAGGCUCGUGUCCAUGGUCGACGCAACCCCGUGCAGUCAGAUCUAACUGCUCAAAAAUAUGAACACAAACGCGGUAGAGUUGGAGCCCGAGACAAGGUCAAGCUAGAAUGGCGUCGGGAUGAGCUUGACACCAGCAAGGUCACCGGAGGCGAGGCAACGCAACGAGGCGGAGUGCCCCUUGAAACGUCAUUCGGACCACACCAGGCUCUACAAUACCAGACGUACUUAAAUACCUAUCGAACAAGUCGCGAUCAUCGUGGUGUCUACGUGGCGGUGGAGGCGCUUGGUCGUGGUGGUGAAGCUUAG